CCUGAUGAUGAAACACACGCACACACACACACACACACACUCAGUCAGCGGCAUGUCGGCCUAUAUCCUGGGUGUGGACGUGGGGACCACCUCGGUGAAAGCGGUUUUACUGGAGACCGACUCCAGAGCAGUGGCUGCGACUCAUACUGUCCCCACCACGUCUGAUAUCACUGACAGCAGCGGGAGCAAGGCUAAGGAGCAGGACACAUGUCGGAUCGUAGACGCUGUGAAUCGGUGCAUCGGGCUCCUGCCCAGAGACAAACUGCAGCAUGUGUGCAGCAUUGGUCUGUCCGGACAGAUGCACGGCGUCUUAUUCUGGAAGGCAAAGAGCGGUUGUGAUUGGUCCAACAGAGACUCCUUUACAGCCAGAGACACCAGUCAGCUGAUCACCUGGCAGGACGGACGCUGCAGCAGCAGCUUCCUGUCCUCUCUCCCUAAACCAGACUCACAUCUCAGCGUGGCCACAGGGUUUGGCUGUGCAACCAUCUUCUGGUACAUGAAACACAGGCCUGAGUUCCUCGAGGACUUCACAGCUGCAGGAACCAUCCAGGACUACGUGGUGUCCAUGCUGUGUGGUCUGGACGGGUGUGUGAUGACGCCUCAGAACGCAGCCAGCUGGGGAUUCUUCAACACUUCUUCCAACCAGUGGAAUGUAGACAUUCUAAAGGGUGCCGGCUUCCCUCUGAACCUGCUUCCUCAGUGUGUGCCAUCUGGUGUCAUGGCGGGACUGACUCAUUCUGACUGGCAUGGUGUUCCUGCUGGUACACCAGUGGGGGCCGCGCUGGGAGACUUCCAGUGCUCUGUCUACUCCUGCAUGAGUGCACUUACAGACGCAGUUCUUAACAUAAGCACCUCAGCACAGCUGACCUUCGCCAUGCCCGCUGACUUCAGUCCUCCUGAUUCUCCUCAGCCCGCCUCCUCCAUCUCCUACUUCCCCUACUUUGACUCCUCGUACCUGGCAGUGGCGGCAUCGCUGAACGGAGGGAAUGUCCUGGCGUCUUUUGUGGAGAUGCUCAGCGCCUGGAUGAAAGAGCUCAAUGCUGAGCUGACUGAUUCAUGUUUAUACGAGAAGCUGAUCGGCUGCGCCCUGAACCAGGAGAGCAGCGAUCUGAGGGUGAGCCCCACUAUCCUGGGUGAGAGACACAGCCCCCUCUGCCUCGGUCAGGUCAUCAACAUCUCCGCCGAUAACCUCUCCCUUGGCCACGUGACCAGGGCGCUGUGUCGAGGAGUACUGGACAACCUCACCUCCAUGAUGCCAGUCGAGCGUCUGCAGCAGGCAGGGGUCAGCAGGAUUGUGGGUAGCGGGAGCGCGCUCACUCGCAACGAGGUGCUGAGGCAGGAAGUGGAGAAGGCGUUUAAUCAGCCGGUGGUGUACAGACAGAACGCAGACUCUGCUGUCGGUGUGGCCAUGGUCCGCUGUGACCGACUCUAAAUGAGAAUCCCCAGGGGAAACCUCCCAUGUAUGUUUACAUGAUUAACUGAUGAUUUUGCACACCUGAGUUCGGUAUCAUAUGGUACCACUUUGAAGGAAGGAAGAAUCAAGCAAACUGAAAUGCACCAACAUAUUGUAAUCUGUGAUCUAUAAAAAGCUACAGCAUAUUUGCCAGGAUAGGAAUAAAAAAACCUUGUGUGACUCAUGAUGUGCUGUGAGGUUGUGAAACCUUUCGGACCAAAGGACAGAAUCUAUGACAUGUUUCACAUUUUAGCCACAACUAGCAGCUGAGUGCAGCCACAUUUAAAUUCACUGUCCCUGAAGAGCAAUACAUUGACCAUCUCUGGGUCGCACUUGUGUUUGAUAGUGUUUUUUCCCCCCAGCCAAGAUCACUAUGGCAUCAAACAUGUGAUGCUUCAAAUAAAUCCACUGAAUGGUUGAUUUCGCGACUGAUGGGAAGCUUGUGAGGGCAAAUACAUUGCAUCAACACAAUAUGCUGUGAAAGACUUAGGUCAAACUUCUGCUUUGUUUUUCACUGUUAGGUCUUCAACAUGUUACACACAGGAAUCCAGAUCAGUGAGAUAUAUAUCUCCAUUCAUCCACUCACCAAGUUUCACCAAUACCACAACGCACAUCUCACUUCAUGUAUAUGUGGUCAAAAAUCUGUUUGCGAUUCUUCCCUCUCGCAACAGCUUACAUGAGAAUGAAAGUUCCUACUGAUAUGGUAAAUAACCUGAAGCCCACUAAGGGGCUUCUGCACCCCUCAUCUUACUACCACGCAGCUUUACAGUCUUAGGUCUCUGCACCAACGCAGAUGUUUCAAGAGUAUAGAGCAACGUGUUUAUGCUUUUUCCAAGUGUGCUGCUAAAAGACAUUAUACAAAGGCCAUGAAUCAUUUCAGCAUCCAACAAUAAGGGAAACGUGUCUUCCUCAGGUAUGACAGUCUUCCUCCCCCUCCCCCCUCCCCCAUCCUUCCAUUUCGUGGUUUCUGUGUCAGGUUCUUGACCCUCUCAUCUUUAAGGUCACCCCGACUAUCUGAGGUCGCUGAAGAGAUUUCAUCUAUCGAUCGAUGCAGACUGUGCCUUUGUGUACACGGGUCUGUACGAGAAAGCAGUAAUGAGAUACCUUCCAGGCUGACAUCAUUAUUACAGGCCGGUCAGUCGGAAAAACUUUAAAACCAUGACACAAACAUUACAUAUGAGAUGGACAAGACUUUUUAUUGAAUUAUCUUCAGUAAUGCAGCACUAGAAACUAGAAUGUAACUAAAGCACUAUAGAAAAGUAGGAAUACUAUCCAGAUAGUUAAAGGAUAAGGCUAUAAAGUGUCUUUUAAAACUUUUGGUAUUGUCAACAUAUUCACUGGAGCGAUUAUAGGAGCAUGAUCUGUAAUGACAUUUAUACUGUUUUCUAAUGAUGCAUUUUUAUGAAUCAUAUGUUGAAAAAUUAAAGAUUCUGAUGAAAAGCAGAGGGGAAUUAUUCAGAGUGCCUGCAUAAAAAGGAAGGGAGAUGGGAAAUCUUGCAAAUAUCAAGGUGUAUAUAAACAAAGUGUGCAUAUGUAAGUAACUGGACAAAUUAUCAGUGUGUGGUCAUCUUUUUUCUAACAAAAAAACAAAGUGUACUUUUUUAAGAUUUAAACAAUUUAAUAUUCAAAAGUUGCCUUGUGCUAUUCUGAGCUGUAGUACAUGAAUAAGAGCCUAAAAACCCUUUGGACAAUUGAUAUUAUUUCACUGCAUCGUGGUCAGCUACUAUUUUGAAUGUUUCAAGUAAAAUAUUAUUACCAGAGUGGACACACAUUCCUUUGGUUUAAUUAUUUAAGUGCUUCUAUUGAGCCAUUAAAACAUCUCUAUCGCUCUUAAACACUUGACACUUGUUUGAAAACUCUCUCAGUCAGGAUUCAGUGAUGAUGCCUAAAUAUACCCAGUGAUCUGAUUGGACAGUAGUCUGGCAAGUUGACAUGUUUUGAUCUGAUCACGAUGAAGUUAACCUGUGAGCCGUGCAACAUUGGCCGCCAUUGGUGAAUGGUUAAAGGUGAAUUGGGGUCAUGUCUCUGGAAAACCAGUCACAUCACAGAACGACCCACUGAUGCUUGUGAGUCACUCAGCUGGUGUUGCUGCAGGUUGGAAGUGCUUUGCUCAAGAGCUGCCAAGUAUCAGUUGUAUCAUUAUCCCUGCUCAGUUCAUUCUGUGAUUAUAUUUUCAUUUAAUCUUAUUUGCUUAAUUCCCCAAUUUUAGGACAAACUUUGGUAUAAAGGAUUUUUUUUUUAAAUCCUUAAGAUGCUAUUUAAAUAGAUGAUCACUGCACUUUCUUCUCCUUCUCUUAAUUCUACGUCUUAAUAUAUGAUUUCAGUUUGAAUUUCUUCUGCUCAUAAUGUGGUCAAUGUUGUAGGUUGAAAUUAAUAUUCUUCAGUGCCACAUUUUGCUUCAGAUGAGGCUCGAUGCAGAUAAUGGCAAACUGUCCUUUCACACGAUAUAUUUCCAGCAGCCAUGUUCAUAUUUGAUCUUAUAAUAAUUAAUUUAUAUAAACAUUUUUCCUGUGUGGAAAACACACAUGACAUCACUGUUAUUAAGGUUGUUUGUUUGUUUGUUUGUUUACUACUCAGGUAGGAUUUUGUUGAAUCAACUACAGUUGAUAUGGAAAUAUGCUUCUGUCAGUGCUGCUCACGGCUGAAGUGAUGUGAUUAUACAAAUAAAACAGUAUUACUAAUAA